AUGGAGAAGAUAAAAUGUGCAGUUCCGGAGAGUAUAAAGCGGAUGGUGGGAGAAAGUAGUGAUGAUGAUCUUGCUUCCACAUCUUCUACUCUUCUUCACUGCCUCCUUAACUUACCCCAAUUUCAACGAAUGAUUGAUGAUUUGGCGGAUCCAAAUAAUGGUCUUUGCGGAAAGAACAAGGAUGGUGCUUUGGAAUUGAAGCAAAAAGGAAAUCGAUCUUAUUUAACUGCAGAUUACAACUCUGCUUUGGCUUCCUACUCCCAGGCACUCCGUCUUGCUCCAAUGGAUGCCCUUGAUAUGGAAAAAAAUCUUGUUGCCACCUUAUAUCUCAACCGGGCUUCUUUAUUUCAUAAAAUAGGUUUUCUUACCGAGUCUGUUCGGGAUUGCAAACGGGCCCUUCAAAUUUCUCCAACAUAUGCCAAGGCAUGGUAUAGGAGGGGUAAAGUAAAUGCUGAUCUAGGAAAUUAUAAAGAUGCUGUCAAUGACUUGGACAAUGCUAAAAGUUUUGAGUUGUCAUUGGACGGAAAGAGGCAGAUAGAAACUGAAUUAAACAUAAUUAUAGACAGACAGAAGCACACAAGCAGGACAUGGGUUGGGGAGAAUGAGAACUGCUCCGGACAUUUUGAUGAAUUACAACAAUCAAAAUUAUCACGAGUCACAACACCAGAUAAGGGAAGGGGCAUGGCUUCACAAUGUGACAUUCCCCAAGCAUCCUUGGUUCACAAGGAAGAACCUUACGCGUUGAUCAUAUUGAAGAGUUGCCGGGAAACACAUUGUCAUUACUGCUUGAAUCAACUUCCAGCAGAUCCCGUCCCCUGUACGGCAUGUACAAUACCACUUUACUGCUCUGAACAUUGCCAGCUACCAGCUGGAGGAGAAGCAUUCAGUAAUUUUCAGGACAAAUUUGGAACUGAGGGAAGUCACUCCCGCAGCCAUGAAGAGCACAUCGCGGAGGUGAACGCUAUGGCAAUUGUCCGUAUAAAAUCUUCUGAUGUUCAUGAUCCACCAGAUCAGUCCAGAAAGCAUAACUCUAUUGGAGAUGCUUUAACUAGUAGUGUGGAACAGGUUGCCGUGGGUCAAGCUAUAUAUAAAGCCGCCAGUUUGUUCAACCAUUCUUGCUUGCCAAACAUCCACGCAUAUUUUCUUUCACGUAGUCUAUUUAUACGAACAACAGAGUAUGUGUCAACAGGUUGUCCCCUGGAGUUGUCCUAUGGUCCUCAGGUUGGGCAAUUGGACUGUAAAGAUCGCCUUAAGUAUCUGGAAGAUAAGUAUUCAUUCCAAUGCCAGUGCCAUGGUUGUUCACAAUUAAAUCUAUCUGACCUCGUUCUUAGUGCCUUUUGCUGUGUCAAUCCUAACUGUGCUGGCAUAGUCCUGAAGAGCCCCAUCAGUAAUGGAGAAAUACACAAAUUUAAGAACUUUCCUAGAGCUCCUGCAGAACAGAACUUGGAUACUCACUUGCAGGAAGCAAUAGUUUCAAAAGAUAUCUCAGGUACCACACUUUUAGAUGCUUCAAGGGCUCUUGGUAUUUUGAGAUCAACCUUGCAUGCGUAUAACAAGAGCAUUGCAGAGGCUGAGGACAAUCUUGCACAAGCAUUAUGUUUUGUUAGAGACUUGCAAUCUGCAAGGGAACACUGCAAAGCAUCAAUCAAGAUACUCGAAACACUGUACGAUCCUGAUCACAUUGUCAUUGGAUAUGAACUGGUAAAGCUUGCAAGCAUUCAGCUAUCCUUGGAUGACCCUGCAGCUGUGGACAGCAUAAACCAUCUGGGCGUAAUAUUUGAGCGGUAUUUUGGACCACAUGUAGACUCUAUUGUUCCAUAUCUACGGUGCCUGAAAAGCGUAGCUUUCCAGUAG